CUUCUUCCGGGUGGUGGCGCCGCGCGCGCGUGCGCAGUAAGCCCCGCCGCCGCCGCCAUGUCGGAGCCGCGCGGGACGUCGCCGCUGCGGGUCAACAGAGCUUUCGCGGCGCGCUACGGCCGCUACCGGGAGCGCGAGGAGCUGCAGCGGCUGAAGGAUCGUUACGGGGACCCCGACGGUGGCGACUCCAGCUCCGAGUCGGACUCCAGCGACGAGCAGCCGGAAUUUGACCCCCAGCAAGAGCGGGACUUUUACCGGACCCUCUCUCUGUUGAAGAAGAAGGACCCCCGGAUUUAUCAGAAAGAUGUCACCUUCUAUCAGAAAACAGCCUCGUCCUCAGAGAGCGAAGAGGAGCCGGCAACCGGGAGACCCAAGGUGCGGCCUAUGUACCUGAAGGACUAUGAGAGGAAGGUCAUCCUGGAGAAAGAAGGCAAAUAUGUGGAUGAGGAGAACUCUGACGGGGAGCCUUCCAAUGAGAGACUCGAGCAGGCCUUAUCCAAGAGUUACGUGGAAGAGCAGAAACAGCUCAAGGAGAGUUUCCGGGCCUUUGUGGAGGACAGCGAGGGCGAGGACAGUGCUGGGGAAGGCGGUUCGGGCUUGCUGCAGAUACGCACCAAAAGCAGAGAGGAGAAGGCCCAGGAGGACGCAGACUAUGUGGAAUGGCUGAAAGGGCAGAAAGAGAUGGCUAGUGCCGACGGGCUGGCAGAGCUGACCCACCUGAAGGAAUUCUGGAAUGACCCGGAACUAGAUGAAGGCGAACGCUUCUUGCGAGAUUACAUUCUCAACAAGGGCUACGAAGAGGAGGAAGAUGAAGGCGAUGAGGAGGAGGAGGAAGGGGAGGAGGGGGUCCCUGGGCCCCCUGUCCAGCUGGCUGUGGACGACUCCUCGGAUGAAGGCGAGCUGUUCCUGAAGACACAAGAAGACUUUGAGCAUAAAUACAACUUUCGCUUCGAGGAGCCUGACUCAGCCUCAGUCAAGACAUACCCAAGGACCAUCGCUUCUUCCGUGCGGCGGAAGGACGAACGCAGGAAGGAGCGGAGGGAGGAGACGCGGGAACGCAAGAGAAGGGAGAAAGCCAAGAAACAAGAGGAGCUGAAACAGUUGAAGAAUCUGAAGAGGAAAGAGAUUGUGGCCAAGCUGGAGCGCCUGCGGCAGGUGACAGGAAACAAGACGCUGGGGCUGGAGGUGGCUGACCUGGAAGGGGACUUCGACCCUGAGCACCACGACCAGCUCAUGCAGAAGUGCUUCGGGGAUGAUUACUACGGUGCGGAAGAGGAGGAGAAGCCACAGUUUGAAGACGAGGAAGGUCUGGAAGAUGACUGGAACUGGGACACAUGGGCGGGGCCCGAGCCGGCUGAUACCUGGAACCAGCCCGAGCUGCACUGCGAGGACCCCGACUUCAAUAUGGACGCGGACUACGACCCCAGCCAGCCACCACGGCGGAGGAAGGCGUUCGAGGCCCCUGCCACAGGGAAAAAAACCCGCAAAUCUCGCUUCGCUGAGGCUGUGGGACGGGAGAAGCCCGUUUUCGAACCCGGGGAUAAGACGUUUGAAGACUACUUAGACGAAUACUACCGUUUGGACUACGAGGACGUCAUCGAUGACCUGCCGUGUCGCUUCAAGUACCGCACUGUGGUGCCCUGUGACUUUGGGCUCAGUACCGAGGAGAUCCUGGCUGCAGAUGACAAGGAGCUGAACCGCUGGUGUUCCCUGAAAAGGACCUGCAUGUACAGGUCAGAGCAGGAGGAGCUGCAAGACAAGAGGGCCUACAGCCAGAAGGCCCAGAACACCUGGAAAAAGAGGCAGAUCUUUAAGUCCCUUUGCCCUGAGGAAACAGAGAUGCCCCCAGAAGCCCCUGGGAAGCCACCAAAGGACCAAGACAAGGCAGGUCCAAAGGCCCAGCUGCCUGCUCUCGACGGAGCCUGCCGGAAAAAGCGGCCCCGGCCUGAGAGCCCCCCUGCCCAGGGAGAGGAGCCCCCAGAGGCAGCCAGCCAGAAGCCAGCAGCCCCCCAGAGGCGGAGGAGGGGCAAGAAGGCUCGCCUCCUGGGCCCCACAGUGACCCUGUCGGGUCGGGAGUUCAGCCACCAGCGACUGCAGGCCUUUGGCCUCAACCCCAAGCGUCUGCACUUCCGGCAGCUGGGCCGGCAGCGGAAGAAGAAGUGACUCCCAGGCAGCCCCUAAACUCCAGGGUGCAGGCCCCCCCAUACAUCCAGCUCCGGUGUAUCUUGGGCACUGCAGUUGGUAGGCACCUGUGGCCAUGUUUUUGAGGUCAAGUCACUCAGACGGCUUUAUUAGAACAUCCCCAGCAGUCCAGUGUCCCCUCCCACAAGCCACCAGCCCUUAGCAGGACAGGGAUGACAGGGCCAAAAAGAGUCCCAGGCAAUCCAGUGCAAAACUACAGUACUUGAAUCAGGCCCUGAGUGGGUGCCUGGAAGCCUGCAUCCCUGCCUUGCCCUAUUGGGGGGGGGGGGUGGGUGGGCAGUGAACAGAUGAGGGAGUCCCAUGGCCUCUAACCCCCUCCUGGUGGGUCUCCUGGAUUCCUGUGUCCAGGGAAGGAGCUGGAAGACAAAAAAAAUCCUAUCACCACCAGAGUGCUAGCUCCCACACCCAGAGUAACAUAAAUAAAAAAAAUAAAUAGUGUGGUAUCUUC